AUGGUGGCAGAAAAGAUUGACUCAAUUACAGAGAUCCCUCUAAAGCGCGCAGACGCAAUGUCGGGGCUGGAGGAGACGACGGUGCGUAAGAAGAAGCUCACAAGUGUCGUAUGGGAGACAUUUACGCCCACGUCAAGCAGCGGUCUGCGUGAUGGCGUGGUUGAUUCAGCAAAGUGUUCGGUGUGCAAUAAGGUAUUUAGUACGAGACAUGGUACAUCGUCCAUGAUGCGACAUGCCAAGCGGCACAAUGAGCUCCCUACUGGUACGCCCAUGGGCAAGAAAGGCAAGAAGAGUACAAAUGGAGCGACAAUCAAUGGAAAAGAUGGAAUGGUGGUGUCAACUGGUAAGAAGAACGCAGUUGCAAAGAAGGAAGCAAAAGUGGUCGUACAGUUGGACGAAAAUGCAGCAGCAGGCAUGAAGCGCCAGAGGUUGCGGAAUUUAAGUAGUGCGCUCAUUGAGUGGAUUGUAGAAGACCAGCAGGAUUUGAGUGUAGUACAGCACGAAAAGUUCCUGGACGUCUUGGCUGCUGCGGGUAUUAAAGCUGUCAUUCCACCCCUGGAUGCAUUGCAGAAGGCAAUGGAGCGCAAAUACUAUGCGCUGUUUACACGCGUGGGUGAGUAUAUAAAUCGAUCUGCGGUUGGACGCAUCACGUUUUCAUGUGAUACGUGGUCAGGGUCAGUGUACAAAGGAUAUAUGGCCAUCUAUUUGCACUGGAUCAAUGCCGAAUGGGAGUAUAAAACCAUCCAAGUUGGUCUGGAAAGUUGUUCACCGGAGUUUAACGCGUAUUUCAUGUCGGACUUGCUAUUCAAUGUGCUUCAAAACAACUGGUGCAUCGGCAAUAAACUGCUCUGUGGUGUGACACCAAUGAGCAAUGAGUCAGGAGUGGGUAUGGGCUUUCUUCGUGAAAAGAUCAAAAGAAUUAUAGGAUUAGAUAACAUUUCCCCGGACUGGAACGUGACAUGCCUGGGUCAUCUUAUUCAUGCGGGUGUGCUAGCGGCGCUCAAGGAGAUUCGUCACGAGAUCGUAAAGCUCCGCUCAUUGCUAUCGCUACUGAAGUCCACAACCGAAAGUCAAGAGCACUUUGCGCUGCGUACAACAGAUGUGGGGCUGCAGUAUCCAGACCAGCUUCCCAAUAUGGACUCACCAAAGAACUGGAAAACAACUAUUACAAUGAUUUUGGAGAGCGCUAAGAUCAAGGACACCAUCAACGCUUUGUACGGUGACGCCUCUAAUGGCAUGAACGUUUUCCUGCUGGAGGAGACCGAGUGGGAUCUGCUAGUAUGGGUGGCUACCUUUCUGCGGAAGUGCAUGCAGAUGGCUACGUGCCAGAGUGACCAGAAACACAUUUCGCUGAGCACCUCCAUCAAUGUCUGCAAGGCGAUCGUGGGGCUGUGCGACGGCACAGCUGCAUCAGCUUUAGACUUUACCGCGAGUGCCUUCACCAAGAUUCAAACCGUGUGUUUGAAAGUAAAAUCUAGCCUCGAGUCGUACCACACGGAGCACUCAUCAGCUUACUUUCGACUGGCAAAAAUCUUGGAUCCGCGGUUUUCCAACGAGUCCGUUGACAAGUCUACCAAGAAAACAUUUUUGCGAGAAAUGCUGCGUACAAGUAUGUACGAUGCACUGUCCGAUACAAGACUAGACGACGAACAAGCGCGACAUGAUGCCUCCACCGCGUACACGACGUUUGAAAAGCUGUUGGAUAUUGGAGAAGGUAUACCGGAUUACGCGAUCGAUGGUGAUGAAGUCGACCGGUUCUUUGACGCAACUCUGAUUCGUGACAAACGGUCCGACCCGUUUCUUUGGUGGAAGUCGAACGAAACACGAUUUCCAUCCUUGGCAAAACUUGCACGGGACAUCCUGUCUAUUCCUGCGACCGCCGUGCCCAGUGGUGCUGUGUUUACACAAGCAAACUAUGCGCGUGCAUUCAACGCAGACGUUUCGAUGGAGACGACCAAGCUUUUGAAGUUCAAUGAACUAUCACGUGCAUGGCAGAUUGAACGCCAGAAUUUCGGACGCAAACGACGUCGGGACUCUUUUGAUUACUUGGACCCACCGCUAGAACCUCCAGCAAAAUUGGCGUCAUAUGAAGAAAGUAUUUAG